UUUGAAAAGAAAAGGUUAAAAUCAAAAAUGAAAUUACUGGGAGUUUCAUCCCCUGUCAAAAAUUCCACUGUCAGUUUAGACCUCCUUAACCUAUAUAUGGUAAAUCACAUAUCUUGCCAGAAGAAACCACCUGAAACUGUGAGAAAACCAAUCCACGUGAAUAUGCAUAGAGAUGUAAAAAUGCCCCUAAGAAAGCAUAAUUUAGAACUUCCAAUGACACCUCACUGUGUACCAUCUAACCUCUGCAUUGAUGAUAUAGACAACAGACUAGGCAGCAAGAAAGAACUUGCCCCAGUUCAGUUGUUACAAGUCAUGGACUCAUAUAGAAUGUUUAAACCUCAGUUCAACAGAAUAGAAAAUUGUAGUUUCGCUCAACCAUCUUUUUCAGCAGAAUUAUCUUCUAACAGGAAUAUUACAAAACAAAAUGUCAUUCUCAGAAUAGCACCUAGUCCUCAGAAAGUUGCAUGUGAAAAAAAGCAGAAUGAUCAGCUCAGUAAAGUUAAUUAUUCUAAUUCCUUGGUUUCCAAAUUAAAUGAAAAUCAAGAUGCUCUCAGUCCAACAUAUAAAACAGCACAAUUUAGGUCAUUAUUCGAAAGAUUAAACAGUCCAGGCAAUAGGAAUUUCCUUACUGAAAGACCUGUUGUGGUUAUGGGUGAAGAAUGUGGAAGCAUGGAUGAGCAAAGACAGUCAGACUUCAUUACUGAAAAACAGUCAGUACAACAUAUUUGGGGAGAAAAUAGAAGAGAGCUUUCAAAUUUUUUUGAAAGUGUGAACCAGCCAAAAGCCAGCCUUAUAUCAGAGAAUUGUAACUCUUUUAUUAGUGAAAAUGUCAUCAAUUUAUUAAGCAUAGAUCAACAGAGGAUAAAGAAAACCUUUGACAAGUGUGGUUAUGACAGUAUGGGAGAUAUUUGUGCAAUCACAAGUUCUGAUAAAAAUGAUUCAACUGAUAGAUGCGUUAGAAGAAUUUUUACAGAUCCAGUGUUGACUCUUAGUAAUUCUACUUUUAAUAAAACAAGUUAUCCAGAAAAGUGUCAGCCAAACAAGAGGUAUCAAAAAGAGUACCACAGUAAUGAAAGAAAUACUCUUAGUACAUCUUUUGAAAAGGAUUGUUAUGCAGCCAGCUUUGAAAAAAAAGGAAAAUUUAAAAGUGAUUACCAAGAGAAGACACCACAGAAUGGAAGCCAGAAAUAUCCAGUGAAUCAUAUGGGUAAUAUCUCUUUGGAAGAAUUGCAUUCUAAGCAAUCGUGGGACUUUGGAUUUGGUGAGAUUCUGAUGGAAGAAGGAGGAACCUGUUCUUUAAAAGACAGACCAACAUCUGCUAAGAAAAUCUGUCAGCAUCUUGAUUCUUCACAGAGUAGUCAGUCUACCAGUUACUCUCCAAGGCCAACAGAUAGUUGCUUCAGUUCUAGUUCAGAGAUGCCAUCUGAAGAUGAAGAUCAAAUAUUGCAGCAAAUUGAAGAAUCAAAUAGGAGGUCCAUCAGAAUCAAAGAAACAACUAAUAAUUUUUAUCUAGAAAUGAUGCCAAAAUUUCCAUGUGGUAGGAUUAUUAAGAACAAUGCCAAAAUUCAUAAACAAAAUGAGAAUUGUCACCAGUUCUCAUUGAAAAAUAAGACAGAUCAGAUUCCACAGUCUCAGUGUAAUUCAGCACACAUAUUACAAAACAAAACCAGUAAUAACUGCAUUCUGCAGGUUGCAAGAUGUGAUGCAUGGGUACAAACAGGCUAUGAACCUGCAAUGGAAGAAAAAUUAGAUGCUGCUGUACAGUGUGAUAUAAUUUCAAAAUGUAAAUGUAGAAGUAAUGUGUCUUCUCUUUGUAAUGUUGAAAGGUGCAGUGAAGAUAUUAAGGCAGAUACCACUGGAGGGCAGGAAAUCCUUAAGAACAACUAAUAUUCUAAAAUCUCAGCCUAAGAUUUAGCAUUUCAUUUAAUGUUCAGAAUUUCAUUAACAUAAUAAGGAAAGAGAAUAUAUAGCUAAGC